ACCAAUCAGCAGGCUGCUCACGGCUGAAUCCCAUAAAGGCGCCAGUCGCUGGCUGCUGACAGCCGCCAUCGGGGUGAGAGCUGGCGGCCACCGGUGGAGAGCCCGGAGCGACUGCCCUGCACUGCUUCACCUAGUGCAAACCGGAAGGGCGAGCAGAUAAGGUCCCUUUCCUAAGAGGAAUUUGUAGACUUUUCCUGCUAAGACCUCAAUUUGUAUUUUUGAAGAACAGAAAUUCUGUGAAGUGUGGAAAUAAUUUAAACCAUCUAAGACUAAAACAUACAUAAUGAAACAAUGUAUACUAUUUGCAUAAAGAGUUUUGUAUUUUUCAGGACACGUACUUAUAGGCAACGUUAGAAUCCCAGGAUCUGAAGCAGUCGAUAAUGUCUCUGCCAAGUCGACAGACAGCAAUUGUUAACCCCCCUCCACCAGAAUACAUAAAUGCUAAGAAAAAUGGGCGCCUGACCAAUCAGCUGCAGUUUCUACAGAAAGUUGUCCUGAAGGCUCUGUGGAAGCAUAGUUUCUCGUGGCCUUUCCAACAGCCUGUGGAUGCUGUAAAACUGAAGUUGCCUGACUAUUAUACCAUCAUAAAAACCCCAAUGGAUUUAAAUACAAUUAAGAAGCGGUUGGAAAAUAAGUAUUAUUUGAAGGCUUCUGAAUGCAUAGAAGAUUUCAAUACAAUGUUUUCAAACUGUUAUUUAUACAACAAGCCUGGAGAUGACAUUGUUCUUAUGGCCCAAGCCCUAGAGAAGUUAUUUCUGCAGAAAUUAUCUCAAAUGCCACAGGAAGAGCAAGCCGUGGGCGGAAAAGAGAGAGUGAAAAAAGAUACUCAACAACAGACUCCGUCUUCCUCUGCUAAGGAUCAAAUACUCUCCAAAGCCAAAGUGGCAGAAAAUGUUUUUAAGCAGCAAGAGAUUCCUUCUGGAUUUCCCGAGAUUGCCCUCUCUCCCUUAAACAUGAUACAGGAAGCUCUCCCAACCUCUGACUCACAGACUGUGGUUCAAAUCACAAAGGGUGUGAAGAGGAGAGCAGACACAACAACUCCUACCACUUCCAUAGUUAAAACAAGUAGCAAGUCUCCUCCAACACUCAGAGACUCAAAGCCUGUGAAUAUGCCAGGAAAAGAAUAUACACUGAAGAAUGUUUUGCCAGACUCUCAGCAGCAACACAGAGUUUUAAAAACAGUCAAAGUAACUGAGCAAUUAAAGUACUGCAGUGAGAUUCUUAAAGAAAUGCUUGCAAAGAAACAUUUGCCAUAUGCAUGGCCCUUCUAUAACCCUGUGGACGCUGAUGCUUUGGGACUCCACAACUACUAUGACAUUGUCAAAAACCCCAUGGACCUCGGCACUAUCAAGGGGAAAAUGGACAACCAAGAAUAUAAGGAUGCAUAUGAAUUUGCUGCAGAUGUCAGAUUAAUGUUCAUGAACUGCUACAAAUACAAUCCUCCAGAUCAUGAAGUUGUGGCGAUGGCUCGAAUGCUUCAGGAUGUUUUUGAAAUGCAUUUUGCCAAGAUUCCUGACGAACCUGUUGAGUGCAUGCAUGCAUAUCACCUUACAACCAACAGUGCAAAGGCCCUUGGCAGAGAAAGCAGCAGUGAGGCCUCCUCCGGGGACUGCUCGUCUGAGGAUUCUGAGGAUGAACGAGUGCGGCAUCUCGCCAAGCUUCAGGAGCAGCUUAAUGCUGUUCAUCAGCAGCUACAAGUUCUGUCCCAAGUUCCAUUACGUAAGCUAAAGAAAAAGAAUGAGAAAUACAAAAGGGCACCAAAAAGAAAAAAGGUUAAUAACAGAGAUGAAAGUCCAAAGAAAAAACCUAAGCAAACAAAACAAAAGGAAAAGCCCAAGAGCAAUCAACCAAAAAAGAAGCCACUUUUGAAGUCUGAAGAUGAAGGCAAUGCAAAACCCAUGAACUAUGAUGAGAAAAGGCAGCUGAGUCUGGACAUAAACAAACUCCCUGGGGAAAAGCUUGGGCGCAUAGUUCAUAUAAUACAGUCAAGGGAGCCCUCCCUGAGAAACUCCAACCCAGAUGAGAUCGAGAUCGACUUUGAGACUCUGAAGGCAUCAACACUUAGAGAACUGGAGAAGUAUGUCCUGGCCUGUCUGCGGAAGCGGUCUCUGAAGCCCCAGGAGAAGAAAGUCGUGCGGUCUAGAGAAGAGCUCCAUUCCCAGAAAAAGCUGGAGCUAGAGAGGCGUUUGUUGGAUGUCAACAACCAGCUGAAUUGUAGGAAACGGCAAACAAAACGUCCAGCAAAAGCGGAGAAACCGCAGCCCCGGCCACCGCCGCCACCCCCGCCACCCCCACCGCCCCCGGAGCUGGUGAGCGGAUCCCGCCUGAGCGACAGCAGCAGCAGCAGCAGGAGCAGGAGUAGCAGCAGCAGGAGCAACAGCAGCAGCAGCAGCAGCAGCAGCAGCAGCAGCAGCUGUUGCAGCUCGGGGUCGGCGAGCAGCAGCAGCAACUCGAGCUCCUCCGACAGCAGCGAUUCUGAACCAGAAAUAUGUCCUAAAUUUACUGACGCAAAACAGAAUGAUUUGCCUCCAAAAGAGAAUAUAAAGAUACAGCCUCCUGUGCAAGAUACAGCCUCUGCCAAACCUCCCCUUGCUCAGCAGACUAUAGCCCCAUCAGCAGCAGGGAAGCAAUGCCAGCAGGUGCAUGGCCAGCAUGUAUCAGAACAUCCACAGACCACAGGGAGCAUUGCAUCUGUGCAGACUCAGCCUCUUUCAGGGUGUGUGCUUCUAGGUGAUUCCAAACAAGCCUCCAACGGCCCCGCUGUGGUACCUACCUCUGCUGAGAGCCCCUCAGCUUUAGAGCCAGGCUUUCGAGUUCCUGUGCAGAAGGAUAUAAAGAUUAAGAAUGCAGACUCUUGGAAAAGUCUAGGCAAGCCAGUGAAACCAUCAAGUGUACUGAAAUCCUCAGAUGAGCUUUUCAACCAGUUUAGAAAAGCUGCCAUAGAGAAAGAAGUAAAAGCCCGGACACAGGAGCAGACACGGAAACACCUGGAGCAAAGCUCAAAGGAACCCAAAGUAUCUCAAGAAAAUCAGAGGGAGCUUGGAAAUGGCCUUGGAAAUGGCUUGCCUCUAGAAUCUUUAUCAGACAAAGUGGAAAGCAAGUGUCAUGGAGAACAGCAUGAACAGCAGCCAUCGGAAGCUCUAGACAUAAGCAAACUCUGGCUUCUCAAAGACCGGAACUUAGCAAGGGAGAAGGAGCAAGAACGGAGGAGAAGAGAGGCAAUGGCGGGUACCAUUGAUAUGACUCUUCAAAGUGACAUUAUGACAAUGUUUGAAAAUAACUUUGAUUAAAACUCAGUUUUAAAUUAACUAUCAACUCUAAAUGAAUGGUACAAAUGUUUACAAUGCAUGUGGUAAACUGAUUACUUUCAGCCACCAAGAUGCCAAUCAUAUAUUGUGUUUUGACUGCCCUAAAAUAAUUAAAUAUUUUUCACUUACAUUUUUAAUAAAUAUGUUCAUUUUAAUGACACAA